GGCGGGCUUUUCUCGCCUUCGGACACUCUCGCUGUUCCACCCAUCCCUCCUCGGCCUGGUUUCCCUCCGUGCCUUGCAUACCUUCCAAGCGAUUACAUAUAUAGCGUCACUUCUUCCAACCACGGUUUUCAUUAGGUGUAAACUACAGUAUAUCAUUCAGCCAAACCAUCAUCCCAAGCACAAUCACACGCCCCAAAAUCCUCCAAAAAAAUGCCGCCAUCAAAACUCACCCAACAGCAAUCCGCAUCAGAACUCCUCCGCCUCCGCCGCGCCGAAGAGCUCCUCUCCUACAUCGACCGCAUGAAAGCGCAAGAAGCCGCCACCCGCCGCACGCUUCUCGCCGAGCAUGUUGCUGUGCAGAAGGCCGCGAUUGAUCGUAGGUCGACGGUGCUGGAGAAACGCAGGGUCGCGAGGGAGAGGGAGGAGGCCAGGGCACGGAGGGAGGGUGUUAGGGAGCGCCGUCGCUACCUCGAAGCCAUCUCUCGCAUCCCCGAUACCGUAGAUGAGUCCCAGCCCGCGCACACCACUUCCUCGAAUCAGCACCAUCCACCCAAAGCACCACCACCCGUCUACACAGGCAGCAUCCAAUCCAUUCCACUGCAUCACAACCCCUCCCGCACCGUCCUUACCGGGCUCCAGACAAGCAGCGCCGACGUAUCCCUUCCGCGGCGGUCGAUGACGAAUCUCAUUUCCGAAGACCGACAUCUAGACGGUGAUGCAGCGGUUCACCAUCGUGCUCCUACCAACCCUCGACGCCUAGCAUCCAACGCGAAAAGCCACCCCAGACGUCUCCACACCCGCACCCUGCACAAAUCGGCAGCUUACCACGCCCAAGCAGCCGACAUGCGCAUGGUUCGGACAGAGGCGGGGCGGAAAGUACUGCCGCCGCCUAGCCGACAAGGAAUACCUGCUGACGAGGUCGGAAAUGUGAGCGGCGACGACGCGAGCCGUCCCAUCACAACACCAUCCUCCAAACCUUUCACCCCCACAACGCAAUCACAGAAACCCAGCACCGCCGACACAGGCAAACAGAUCUGGCGUCGCGUCCAACUCCGCCUCCUCGCCGCCGGCCAGUUCCAAUCCCCCACCGCCACCGCCCCUCCCAAAGUCUUCCGCACAGAAGCCGCCUUCCGCCGCUUCAAAGAAAAAUACAACGACCCGAAUUUAGACAAAGACAUCCCGGAUGAAGAGACGGAGAACAGUGAGGAGAAGGCCGGCCCGGCGGGGACACGGUUGGCGAGCAGGGUGGCGAUGUACACGUCUGCGACGAGGAACCGGAAACGAACCGUGGCGUUUGUGCAGAGCCGGGGGACGACGGGGGGCGGGGUGGUGGGGAAUCUGCGGAGCGGGGAGGCGGCGGGGAGGAGCGGGACGCCACCACCUCGGAAUGGUGGUGGGAAGGCGAAAGAGCCGACGGCGCUGAUGUCGGAUACUGACCUGGGAGUGUUCGCCCUCCACCUCCGCACCGCACGGACCGACCGCUCCUCCCCACCGCCUAAUCUAGACCUCAUCGACACGGGCGAGUCCACCACCAUCCCCGCCGACGACACGACAAUGGAAGUCGACGCAUUCGGCGUCCCCGUCCGUGCAGGUGGCAAACGACGCGGGACGAUGAUCGCAGUUACGCGGCAGGGCGGGGUGGACACGCGGCGGGACAGUGUCAGUGUCGGACGUGGAGGUGGUCGGGGUACACCUGAUCUCAACACGGGGAUCGCGGAAGUGAUGUUAGAUACCAGCGGGACGGUGUUGACACAUGAGGAAGCGCUCUCGGCUGCCGUGGAGCAGAUGGGGAAGGGGAGGAGGGGGAUGAGUGCUUCACAGCAACCAACGCAGGCGAGGCAGUCGGAGUAUGGCAAGGAGAGGGGGAUGAGUGGGACUGGGGAUCGGGGUAGUGGCGCGGGAAGGGAGAGGUUGAGGACUGCGCCGACGGGGGACAGCGCAGGUGCCAAUCUGAAUCAGCAGCAGCAGCAGCAGCAGCGUGGGGAGUCGCAGGUGAGAGCUUCCACGGCUCCACCGGGAUCGUCUGCCAAACAAGGCGAUUGGCGGGCGGGCACGAAGCCUGCGAGCGGGAAUGAUCUCGGGGUUGGACUCGCAGAAGAGGAUGAGGGUGCCCAUGAAGAUACCGUACAUGAGACAGAGGAAUCCAACACCGGCGACACAGUCCCAUACGACCCCACAACCGCCCUCCCCACAACCGCCCUGACCACGCACCCUUCCUCCCCACCUCCCCGCCGCCGUCCGCGAGUCUUCAAAACCUGGCAACCCAUCUCCUUCAGCGCCGCGGCCGAGACCAAACGGGUGUUGAUGCCCAAACGUCUUUUCGAACUGCCAGCGUCGUCCUGUGGGGAGGGAGAGUGGACGUCAACGGUGAUGAAGGGUGUGACGCCGGUUGUUGUUGAUAAGUGGAGGGAUGAUGAUACUAGUAAGGGAGGGGAGAGGAUUGCGGUGCCGAAGGUGAUGCGAUUUUGGAGUACGGCGCCUGGGGCUGCUGCUGCGGGAGCGCCAGUAUCGCAUGCACGGAGUUGAUGAGAGU